AUGGAUGCAUCUGGGAUGUUUUUUAGUUCACUAGAGCUACAAAUGCAGUUUCCAUUGGUUUCAUCUUUCCUGCUGCCAUUACUCUCAAGUUAUUUUCUGAUUUUUGUUUUUGAUGUUAACAAUCAUACUUCUGGAAUUUUUCCUACGAGACAGAAUAUCGUGUUGACUGUCAACUUGGAUUGCAAAUUGAAUCUUAUAGAAAUAACUAUGAAACCACGUAAUGCAGACUAUAGUUCCAGACGUUUUUAUGCAGUUACUAUAAGAUUAAAAUACCCCAAGACAACUGGGCUGAUUUUGGCAAGUGAAAAAGUGUUUUGCACUGGUGCCAAAACUAAAGCACAAUCAAAAUUAGAAGCAAGAAAGUAUGCUCGCAUUGUACAGAUUCUCGGGUUUCCAGUCAAAUUUAGGGGCUUCAAGAUACAUAAAAUUGUAUCUUCCUGCGAUGUCAACUUUAUUAUUAGGCUCGAGGGCUUUGAAUAUUCUAAUGUUGGAAAAUUUUAUGAUGAUCCUGAAUAUUUCCCUAAUCGUAUGGUAUUCAAGAUGAAACAACCAGAUAUUACAGUGCUUAUCUCCGUUUCAGAAAAAAUAGUUACCACAUGGGCUAAGGAAAGAGGUGAUGUAUACACUGGAUUUGAGUAUAUAUACCCACUUCUUAGGUGA